UGGGGCAUUGGUGGCACGUGCGUGAACGUGGGCUGCAUUCCCAAAAGCUCAUGCACCAGGCUGCUCUGCUGGGCACAGCUGUGAAAGACGCCCAGAAGUAUGGCUGGCAAAUCUCAUUAUUAUGAGAACAAUGGAAACCUGUGGAUACUAACAUUUCUCGAACUAUUUUGGAAAGCAGCUUAGGUGUAGCCUAGUUGGAGGCCUGCAUGGUUUUUGAAUUCCCAUCAUUAGAUUAGAUAAGAACAUAUAUUUUCCAGCUACAGGACAAGUGAGUGACACCCCAUUACCUACAGCCACUGUGGCUGCGUUUACACAGGCAACCCAAUUCUGAGAUGUUCACAUUGUGCAACUGAAUCUCAUAUUUAAUAGACCCAGUUUCAUAGAAAAUGGCUUUAGCGAUCCGGGGCUUAACCUCUUUCCUCCAAACUUUGUCUUCACUCUCAUAUACAAUCGGUUUGGCUAGAAAACUGCUUUAACAGUGUAGCUGUGCAGUACUUAACCUAUCUCAGCUAAACCCGGUGUUCGCACAAGAUCUCACAUGAGUUCUCCUGUGGUGUUUGCAUUGUGUCACCAUGUUGUUUUUCUUUGACAGGAAGGUGAGGUAUCUGAACAUUAAAGGAAGUCUGGUGGAUGAGCACACAGUCAAAGGGUUAACCAGGACAGGAAAAUAGGUAAUACUAUUUCAAACUGGGAGUUAAUGACAAAAAAUGUAAAUGUUCACCAUAUUAAUUUUUUAUUUAAGGAACAUAAUUUCAACGGUGCCAUAUUCAUAUUUUCCUAUUGAAGUCAUUAUCAUUUCUCUCCCCCUUGUCUGGCAGAUGAUACUGACUGCCAAGGACAUUGUGAUUGCAACUGGGGGGCGGCCAAAGUACCCCACACAUGUAAGUAUUAACCUUUCCUUCUCUUCGUCCUCGCUCUCCCUCUCCCCCCUCACCUCCAUCUCUCCUCUUUCUCUCGGUUCUCUCCCUACCCCACUUCUCCCUCUGUAUGGUGUCCUUGCCCAGUAGACAGACAGACCAGGGGGAGAGGUGUCUCCUUCAUUGAUCCUCCAAUCUGCUGAUAACACCACAGUGGAUCUGGAGCUUUUGAUGGCAUGGUGGUGGGGGAAACAUGGCUCUCUCUGGGUGGAGGAGGGUGGCAGUGUCUGGGGCUGCAUCCCAAAUGGCACCCUACCUAUUCCCUAUUCACUACCUAGGGAAUAGGGUAUAAUUUGGGAUACACCCUGGGUCUGCGGCCUCUCAUAGGCCUCCCUCCCUGUGGUGUAUCACAGGCUGUGGCUUACUGUCUGUUGAUAACAGACUAACAAAGAACAAAGCCAACCUUCCUUACCUGAUUGUUUGCCAGAUGGUUUUCCAGGAGCUGUAUUGAGAAUAUGAUUCAAACGGUGUUUGUUGUGUUUACCUGUUUCUACUUCCUGUGUUGUAGAUCCCUGGAGCAAUCGAGCACGGCAUCACUAGUGAUGAUAUCUUCUGGCUGAAAGAGUCCCCUGGCAAGAUGUGAGUGGUACAUGUGGUGAAACACACACACACACACACACACACACACACACACACACACACACACACAAACCAUACAAUACUGUACAUCAGCAUUUAGCUGUGCCAUGUACACAGACAGCUCUAUCAUAAUGAUCCAUCCAGGACACAGUGUGUUCUACUAUGGUACCUGUUAAAUGUUCCUGUCACUCUCUACUCCUGACUCAGAUUAGCAGUGUGUGUGUGUCCCGACCUUUGCUGAACACAUCUCCAAUCCAGCCAUUUAAAUCCUGUCAUCGCCUGUCUAAUUGGUCUCUCCGCACCGUUUCCUCUUGGCACAAAAUGGAGGUUGAGUGUAAUGUUUGUUAGUGUGGCUGUAAUGUAACUGCCAACAGUGAAGAGUUAUCUUAGUCGCCUACUCAUUGAUAAUCCUUGCUAUUAUAAACAUUACAAUAGAUUUCCGUCGUAAUUUUUCUAUCGCAACAACCUAUUUGUUACCCCUCUCUGCUUUAGUCAGGGAUAUGGUAUUUUUUCCGUCAAACUAGGCUGCUGUUCAUACAUUUUACCACUAGAGGGCAAUAGGAACUCAUCUACAGAACAAGCCCAUCUGGGACAGACCAUGGUCUGUGUGUAAUAUGUUUUCCCUGCACUGUCCUUCCCUCUUUCAGCAUGUCUCCUAAGCAGGCUGUUCAGUUUAGUGGAGUGGUUAGGCAGGGGCCUACUGUUAGUUUGGUCCUCUGCUUGCCUGCCCCUCAGGCUACUAGGGGUUAGCAUUAGCAGGUCCUCCCUUGACUCUCCUCUCCUCAGACCUAUCUCUCCCUGCCUAGGAGGAGCUGUUGUUGACGUGCUGUUGUGCUGCUCUGCUCUGUGGAGGGAGCUGUGCUGUCAGCUGUGCAGGUGGGGUCUGAGAGGGUGUUUGGGUUGAUCGGCUGGCGGAGGUAGUGGAUGGCUCCAGGUGAGUGAUGAGUGCCUUUAGAGGGACCGGAGCACACUCACAAACACGAUAGAUGGGAAGUGUAGACAUGAGUGUAAGAAUAUGUUUUAUGCUGACUUUUAUUACAGAAGGUAAUGCACUGCAUUUCCUUUUUAAAUUGUUUUUAUUAUAUAUUUACUUAGGAUUUAUUUAAAUUAAUUUCCAGUGCCAAAGGGCAGUGAACCAGGCUUUAAAUGUGCUAUCGUUUUUCAUCCUCUACAGAACAGCUGAGAAAAUGAAUCUGGGAUGACAAGAUGCAAGAUCAAAAGGAGACAGUGUAACACACUAUAUUUUCUCUGUCUAUAGUCACAACACUGUGUUAGGGAGUUGAGUUCACAUCCUAUAUCUUUGUAUUUGGAUUCAGAUCAAGUCUGCUGCCUGUAGAGCUCUCCCCUCUAAGGAACACUUGUGAAAGAGUACCGUUAUUGUGGCAAACACAGGAGACACCGAAGGAGAACACAGAUUCACUUAUCUCUUGUCUGGACUGCUGAAGGUUGGCCCAAGGCUAUGAGAGAGAGAGAGCCAGUGGCAAAUUCUUAACUGUCACAGUCAGGCAUACUCCUACUGGCUUUGGAUCAGGAUGUAGCCUAUGGAAGCCCUGAAAGUUUGAUUGUGUUAUCUUUGUUGUUUGAAAGGCUGCUCCUAGUACUUCUUAUCCUCCAGGGGAGUGGGCAACGUUUACUGGGCAGAUAUCAGUACAGUAAAGUAUGUCUUUUCCACUGGAAUUCAUCCCUCUUUAGUUUCUAGUUACACAAUCAGCCCCCCCCCCCCCCCCCCACCCCCCUCCCCCAUUCACAUCUGGAUGCAGUGUUUUUGAGACCCACUUGUGAGGUUGAACACCACCUCCACCAAUGCUUUCAGACACCAUCACCCGGAUGAGGGAGAACAGAGCGAUCCCAGAGUCACUCUGAAAUACAAUAUAACCAAGCAGAGAGAGACCCAGCCAGGGAAAGGAGAUGUUUCAGUGAUGAGUGUGGAAUCAGCCUAAAGCUCCUAGCCUAAUCCCUCCCUAAGCCACCUCACAAUGUGCACUAAGUGCAGCUGUGCAUUAGGUGGACAGGACGAUCGGGGUACUGACGCUCUUAGCAGUUAGCACUAGCAUGGGGGGGGGGGGGGGGGGGGGGGUCUGGCUAGGCUUGUGUGUGCCCCAGGCUCCCUCAGCUGCCAGAGGCUGGGCCAGCGUGGGGAGCCCUGGAUAGGUAGAGGGUGGGAAAGCGAGAGAGGCCACGGAGCCACGGCCUACAUGGGGGUGAUGGGCAUCACUCAGCGAAGUGAUUUGUGGACUGAGCCAUGAACAUGGGAACACGGGAACACGGCACACCCCAUCCGCAGGGAUUAGCCUGAACGCUAGUAGUGAGUGGAGCGCAGGGCUGGAUUAGAGGUGUGAUUCACCUGGCACACACACAGACACAGAGACAGAGAGACAGGCCCUACCAACUCCGCCACCCUUUCCUGUUCUUUCUUAUUCUCUCUCUCUGUCUGUCUGUCUGUCUUGACUUUUUACAGUUGAGUAAUGAGGCCUCCGAAAUUCGAACAGAAUUUUCAUCACUUUUAAAUUCCUCAGAUUCAGAGUAAACAUUUGUGUCCAGUUUCCCUGUUUUGUUUGGCGCAGUAGUAUUCAAGAUAAUUUGAAAGAAAACGUAUGAAUGUCUCGCAAGUGCAUCGUAUAGAAAAGCACAUAUACCUGUACUAUAUACAGUGCCUUGCAAAAGUAUUCAUCCCCCUUGUCGUUUUCCUAUUUUGUUGCAUUACAACCUGUAAUUUAAAUUGAUUUUUAUUUGGAUUUCAUGUAAUGGACAUACACAAAAUAGUCCAAAUUGGUGAAGUGAAAUUAAAUAAAUUACUUGUUUAAAAAAAUCUAAAAAAUAAAUAAUGGAAAAGUGGUGCGUGCAUAUGUAUUCACCCCCUUUGCUAUGAAGCCCCUAAAUAAGAUCUGGUGCAACCAAUUACCUUCAGAAGUCACAUAAUUAGUUAAAUAAAGUCCACCUGUGUGCAAUCUAAGUGUCACAUGAUCUGUCACAUGAUCUCAGUAUAUAUACACCUGUUCUGAAAGGCCCCAGAGUCUGCAACACCACUAAGCAAGGGGCACCACCAAGCAAGCGGCACCAUGAAGACCAAGGAGCUAUCCAAACAGGUCAGGGACAAAGUUGUGGAGAAGUACAGAUCAGGGUUGGGUUAUAAAAAAAUAUCAGAAACUUUGAACAUCCCACGAAGCACCAUAAAAUCCAUUAUUUAAAAAAUCGAAAGAAUAAGGCACCACAACAAACCUGCCAAGAGAGGGCCGCCCACCAAAACUCACGGACCAGGCAAGGAGGGCAUUAAUCCGAGAGGCAACAAAGAGACCAAAGAUAACCCUGAAGGAGCUGCAAAGCUUGGAGUAUCAGUCCAUAGGACCACUUUAAACUGUAUAUUCCACAGAGCUGGGCUUUACGGAAGAGUGGCCAGAAAAAAGCCAUUGCUUAAAGAAAAAAAUAAGCAAACACGUUUGGUGUUUGCCAAAAGCCACGUGGGAGACUCCCCAAACAUAUGGAAGAAGGUACUCUGGUCAGAUGAGACUAAAAUUGAGCUUUUUGGCCAUCAAGGAAAACGCUAUGUCUGGCGCAAACCCAACACCUCUCAUCACCCCGAGAAACCAUCCCCACAGUGAAGCAUGGUGGUGGCAGCAUCAUGCUGUGGGGAUGUUUUUCAUUGGCAGGUACUGGGAAACUGGUCAGAAUUGAAGGAAUGAUGGAUGGCGCUAAAUACAGGGAAAUUCUUGAGGGAAACCUGUUUCAGUCUUCCAGAGAUUUGAGACUGGGACGGAGGUUCACCUUCCAGCAGGACAAUGAAUCUAAGCAUACUGCUAAAGCAACACUCGAGUGGUUUAAGGGGAAACAUUUAAAUGUCUUGGAAUGGCUUAGUCAAAGCCCAGACCUCAAUCCAAUUGAGAAUCUGUGGUAUGACUUAAAGAUUGCUGUACACCAGCGGAACCCAUCCAACUUGAAGGAGCUGGAGCAGUUUUGCAUUGACGAAUGGGCAAAAUUCCCAGUGGCUAGAUGUGCCAAGCUUAUAGAGACAUACCCCAAGAGACUUGCAGCUGUAAUUGCUGCAAAAGGUGGUUCUACAAAGUAUUGACUUUGCCAAGGGGGGUGAAUAGUUAUGUACGCUCAAGUUGUCCGUUUUUUUGUCUUAUUUCUUGUUUUUUUCACAACAAAAAAUAUUUUGCAUCUUCAAAAUGGUAGGCAUGUUGUGUAAAUGAAAUUAUACAAACCCCCCCAAAAUCUAUUUUAAUUCCAGGUUGUGAGGCAACAAAAUAGGAAAAAUGCCAAGGGGGGUGAAUACUUUCGCAAGCCACUGUAACUUCCAAGAGAUAUCUUCUAAAUGAAAACAUGUAAGAUUAAUGAUUUUUGUUUUUGUUUUUCAGACUUUUGGUUGGUGCCAGUUGUAUCCUUUUGACUGCCGAUGUGCUUGGUCAUGAGUCACUGGUUACACUGUAUAUUGUCAGAGUGAGUUGGCCCUAAUGUUGAAGUUAAACUGCUAAAUUGCAGUUCAAGUGGUGACCCCUUCCUAGACUGGGGUCACCUCACAGUCUAUCUCUGCCUCUUAUGCUCCACUUUCUCAGUUGUCACAUCUGCUUUGACUAAAGAUAGACAAGGUUCCUCUAUGAGAGCAUUUGUGUAGUGUUGUUCUGUUUUCCUGAACAUGGUGCUAUGAAGAUGUGGCCCUGGAGUGUGCUGGCUUCCUGACAGGCGUUGGCCUGGACACCACAUUCAUGGUGCGCAGCAUCCUCCUCCGGAGGUUCGAUCAGGUACUGCACUGAUCACUAUUUUUUCCAAAUAGAUUUGACACUAUUUGAAUUAAUUUCUUAUUUCUCUAUACUGUAUUGUGUUUAUAUGCUAACUCAAAUUUAUUGAAGCUUUUAAAUAUAUUUAAGAGAAAAUAGAAUUUCUCACUACAAAUAGAUAUAGAUUAAUUGUGUACUGGUGAUAUUGGGACUUUAAGUUUGGAAUAAUAGUUCUCCCAAGUCGAGUAUUGGAAAGGUGACUCUGAGCUGUCAACAACCUGAAUUUCUCCCCUCUUGUCUUGUGUGUGCUGCAGCAAAUGGCAGGGCUGGUGACAGACUACAUGGAAGGCUAUGGCACCAAGUUCUUCUGGAGGAAUGUCCCUAAGAGAGUGGACAAGCUGUCCUCUGGGGCACUGCAGGUGACCUGGACAGAUAAACAGACAGGACAGGACCAACAGGACACCUUCGACUCUGUGCUGUGGGCCAUAGGUGAGUGUGUCUGGGGAGGAAGAGAAAUGUCCAACAAAUUAUUACAUUACUGUUUGGAAGACAUCACUACUAUUUUAGUAGUAGCUGCAAUCACGUGUGUUAAGUAUGCCACAUAACAGACAAUAGGCUUUGCAAAGACGUAUCCGGAGAUAUCAGUUAAACCACUAGUUGUUGUCCCCCUCCCUUUCCAGACAUUUGUUUUAUUGUCAUCCACAAAAGAGUGCAGUGUCAGCAGACAGAGAGAGUAUCAAGCCCAAAAACAAGGUAAUAAAGUGUGAAUGAUGGAAUCACCAGGGGAAGUGUUAAUCACCCAGCCCAGUGCUGGGUCCUGGUCCUGGGCCUUGCUGAGGGAGGGCAGGAUGCACCCAGGGACGGGGUCACUGCAUUCCCUCCUUUGUUCUCCUGCUCUGCUCUGGGCUUUCCUGCCCAUCAUGCCAGCCCUGCGGAAACCAGCCUGCCUGCCCGGCCACGCCACCCCACGCCACCUCCUCCACCCUGCAGCAUCUGUCACUGCACGGCCUGCCCUGUCUGUCUUUAGCUCUGCACCCACACCAGACCUCUCUCUUUCCACAGUCCUUUUCUCUCUUUAUCACACCAUGUAAUUUCUCUCAUUCCGCCAACCAACACAAUGGAGGGAACUUCCGCCUGGCUGCCCGGAAGAAGUUUAUUUGUGUUGAGAUGGUCCCAAAGACGACGCGUUUCCGAAAGCCUGACUUUACACCCCUCAGCAGUGUGUGUGACUGUUCAGUACCAGCCAGGACAGGCCAGGGCGGGUGUCUCUCUCUCUGCCUGUGCGUGUGACGGGGAGCAUGUGACAUGUGACAGGGACCAGGAUGUGGGUGACCUUUGGGGAGAGAUGCAACGCAAUGUGCUUUACAGGAAAAACUAAACAAAGAAACAAUGAAAAUAAAAGCUGAAAUAUUUACUACUACACAACAAACAUAAGAUAAUAAAAUGAAAGAAUGACACAAACUGAACAAAUAAAACGCACGCCAAGGAAAAACAAGCUAAAAAUAUUUGUUUUAAGAUCUCUUUUAAAUAUGUACACAGUUUCAGCCCACCUCAGGUUCUCUGGCAGGCUAUUCCAGAGGCUAGGGGCAUAAUAACUAAAAGCUGCCUCUCCAUGCCUCUUGGUCCUAGGCUUUGGGAUAGUUAUGUCUGACAUGUAUUGGGGUACACAAUCGUGGAUUGAUUUAAAAACUAAUAGAAGAAUCUUAAAAUUAAUUCUAAAACUCACAGGCAGCCAGUGCAGAGACUUUAAAACCAGUGUAAUGUGUUCUCUCCGUCUGGUCUUGGUCAGUACCGGUGCUGCAGCAUUCUGUAUUUUUUGCACUUGACCAAUGGCUUUCUUGGGUAGAUCAGACAGGAGCGCAUUACAGUGGUCAAGCCUGCUUGUAAUACAGCAUGGAUGAGUCUCUCUGUAUCAGCCUGAGAGAGAUGGCCGCACCUUGGCAAUGUUCCUCAGGUGGUAAAAAGCUAUUUGGGUCACAUUCCUAAUGUGUGAUUUGAAAUUUAGUUCAGAAUCUAAAAUAACACCUAGGUUUUUUACCUGGUGUUUUAUCUUUAUUGCCCGUGAUUUAAAAUGUGCGGCUAGAUUCUCUCUCUGUGCUUUGGCUCCAACAAUAAGUAUCUCGGUCUUGUCUUGAUUUAGCUGGAGGAAGUUGUGAGCCAUCCAAAUAUUUAAAUCACUGAUAUAGUCUAAUCAUUUAUCAGUGGAGCUAAAAUUCUCUGGUGACACAUGUAAAGCUGUGUAUCAUCUGCAUAGCAGUGAAAAUCAAUGCUGUGCUUUCUGAUAACGCUGCAAAGGGGUAACGUAUAUAAACUGAUCAGUACUGGACCCAAAAUCAAACCUUGUGGAACGCCACAUGUGAUAUGUAUUUUCUCUGAGUUAUGUUCACCAAGGGUGACAAAGUCUUGACCGGUUAAAUAGGUCCUAAACAAAUUUAGAAGUGGAUCGAAGAGGCCAACCCACCUCUCCAGUCUGUCCAGAAGGACAUCAUGGUCAUCAGUGUCGAAUGCAGCACUUAAAUCUAAGGACAGAGAGCUGUUUGGCAUCUGUGUUGGCUCUAAGAUCAUUUACCACUUUACCUAAGGCUGUCUCUGUGCUGUGGUGGGCACAAAAACUAGAUUGGAAUUUUUCUAAAAUACAGUUGGCACUUAAUUUAGCUGUUUGAAUACCAAUUUUUCCCAAAUUUUGCUUAGGAAUGGAAGGUUAGAGAUUGGCUGAAAAUUGCUAAGAACUGAAUAAUCUAGAUUACUUUUCUUCAGAAGGGGUUUCACCAUAGAAGUUUUUAGUGUAGUGGGUAAGGUGCCUGCGAACAGGGAGUGAUUUAACAAUAGCUUGCACUUCUUCAGAUAUGCAAUUAAAAACUGUUUUGAAGAAAAUGUUGGUUAUCUUUGAAAUAUAUCGCAAACUCAUCACAUUUACAGUGGGGGAAAAAAGUAUUUAGUCAGCCACCAAUUGUGCAAGUUCUCCCACUUAAAAAGAUGAGAGAGGCCUGUAAUUUUCAUCAUAGGUACACGUCAACUAUGACAGACAAAUUGAGAAGAAAAUCACAUUGUAGGAUUUUUAAUGAAUUUAUUUGCAAAUUAUGGUGAAAAAUAAGUAUUUGGUCACCUACAAACAAGCAAGAUUUCUGGCUCUCACAGACCUGUAACUUCUUCUUUAAGAGGCUCCUCGUUACCUGUAUUAAUGGCACCUGUUUGAACUUGUUAUCAGUAUAAAACACACCUGUCCACAACCUCAAACACUCACACUCCAAACUCCACUAUGGCCAAGACCAAAGAGCUGUCAAAGGACACCAGAAACAAAAUUGUAGACCUGCACCAGGCUGGGAAGACUGAAUCUGCAAUAGGUAAGCAGCUUGGUUUGAAGAAAUCAACUGUGGGAGCAAUUAUUAGGAAAUGGAAGACAUACAAGACCACUGAUAAUCUCCCUCGAUUUGGGGCUCCACACAAGAUCUCACCCCGUGGGGUCAAAAUGAUCACAAGAACGGUGAGCAAAAAUCCCAGAACCACACGGGGGGACCUAGUGAAUGACCUGCAGAGAGCUGGGACCAAAGUAACAAAGCCUACCAUCAGUAACACACUACGCCGCCAGACGUAGUGCCAGACGUGUCCCCCUGCUUAAUCCAGUACAUGUCCAGGCCCGUCUGAAGUUUGCUAGAGUGCAUUUGGAUGAUCCAGAAGAGGAUUGGGAGAAUGUCAUAUGGUCAGAUGAAACCAAAAUAUAAAUUUUUGGUAAAAACUCAACUCGUUGUGUUUUGGAGGACAAAGAAUGCUGAGUUGCAUCCAAAGAACACCAUACCUACUGUGAAGCAUGGGGGUGGAAACAUCAUGCUUUGGGGCUGUUUUUCUGCAAAGGGACUAGGACGACUGAUCCGUGUAAAGGAAAGAAUGAAUGGGGCCAUGUAUCGUGAGAUUUUGAGUGAAAACCUCCUUCCAUCAGCAAGGGCAUUGAAGAUGAAACGUGGCUGGGUCUUUCAGCAUGACAAUGAUCCCAAACACACCGCCCGGGCAACGAAGGAGUGGCUUCGUAAGAAGCAUUUCAAGGUCCUGGAGUGGCCUAGCCAGUCUACAGAUCUCAACCCCAUAGAAAAUCUUUGGAGGGAGUUGAAAGUCCGUGUUGCCCAGCGACAGCCCCAAAACAUCACUGCUCUAGAGGAGAUCUGCAUGGAGGAAUGGGCCAAAAUACCAGCAACAGUGUGUGGAAAACCUUGUGAAGACUUACAGAAAAUGUUUGACCUGUGUCAUUGCCAACAAAUGGUAUAUAACAAAGUAUUGAGAAACUUUUGUUAUUGACCAAAUACUUAUUUUCCACCAUAAUUUGCAAAUAAAUUCAUAAAAAAUCCUACAAUGUGAUUUUCUGGAGAAAAAAAAUCUCAUUUUGUCUGUCAUAGUUGACGUGUACCUAUGAUGAAAAUUACAGACCUCUCUCAUCUUUUUAAGUGGGAGAACUUGCACAAUUGGUGGCUGACUAAAUACUUUUUUUCCCCACUGUAGAUGUUGAGGAAAGUUCACAUGUGUUUUGCAAGGUUAGGAUUUAUCAGGCCAUCACUGGUUGAGAAGAGCACUCUCGAAUUAUUAUGAUUAAUAGUGAUCACGUUAGAAAUAAUGAGCCUGUCUGGCAUUUCUAAUUGCCUUGUUAUAUAUGCCAAGUUGCUCUCUCAGAAUAUCAUAAUGGGCCUGCAACUUUGACUUUCUCCACUUCCGCUCUGCCUUUCAGUAAUUUCUCUUUAAUUGAUUAGUUUCCUCACUCAUCCAAAUCUCUCUCCGUUUGGAUCCCUUUUCAACUUUACUGGAACUAUGGCAUCAAUGGUUGCCCUUAAUUUGCUAUUAAAGUUAUCAACUAAAUCAUCACAAGAAGAAGGCAGAAUAGGUAGUGGAGUAUUGUUCAUACACUCAAUGAAAUCUGUAGAGGUAAGAUAGCAUUUCUUAAUAAUGUGUUCAGUAUUACCCUGUGCUAUGGGCAAGAAGGUAGUAAAAAAUACACAGUGGUGAUCAGAUAAAGCAACAUCAACAGCAGAGGAUAUGUCAAUAAAAAGGAGGCUGCAAUAAGAGCGCCACUACAGUCUGAUGACAGCCAUGUUUCGGUGAGAAACAUGAAAACAAAUUUGCGCUCAGUAAUGAGGUCAUUCACGAGAAAGGUUUUACUUGUGAUUGCUCUAACAUUUAAAAGCGCCAUAUUCAAUGACUGUAGGCCACUCUGCCCCUAGGGCAUCUGCCUUGAGGUAACAAAUGGAAUAACAACCAAAUUAUUAACGUUACAACCACGUUUUCUGACCGUCUCCAAUCUAUCAGAAUGGUAGGAGAUGACAAUUUGUAUAAACUCACUAGAAGGCGGAGUUAAUGGAACAUAAAUUAGGUUACUCACAACCAUAGUGCCAUUUCUACAGGAGUUGAUAUGCUUUCCAAGUCCGCUGUUGCUUAUUCUGACAGGGAGAACUGGAGCACUACCAGACCCUGUCCGCCAGUCUGUAUUAUUAUUAUUAUUAUUAUUAUUAUUAUUAUUGGAUCUAAGAGGAAUAUGACUUUAUUAUUAUUACUCUUACAGUGUAGGCUACAGUCUGUUGUGGGCUUUACCCUGGUGUUCUCAUGCAGGGCAGAGAGCACAUCCACAUCCACUCCUGGGCCUCUCCUUUGAAGUGUGUCUGUCAGACUGUGGGAGUUAUGAGUGGGCCUCUCUCGACAUCCCCAAUGUGCCCUUUACACUACAGGUCAGACUGGGUCUGUACCCUCCUCAGUGGAGCUAUAAAAUACUGUGGGUGUGUCCUGAUUCUCCACCCUUUUCUUAGUGUGCACUUGCGUUCUUCCCGUCAUGGAUUUAACAAUGGUGGAAACUCCCUCUAGCCAAUGAUUACACUUGCAUUGAUUCAUGCUUUUACAUCAGUGAUGGAAAGUGUGCAAGUGAGGACAGACAGUGAGCUGCUCUGAGGGAGGGAUGGGAGGCUGUUUGCAGUGGUGGGACUGUCUGUUCCAGUCCUGUAGCUAUAGCUAGGCUACAUCCUUCUCCAUGCACAGCCUUCCACAGCCUAUCCUUCCUCAGGGCCGCACCCCAGGCCAGGUGGCCAAUAGCAUAGAUGAGGAAACAGCCUAUUUCCUCUGGGUGUACCACGUUACUCUUCUCUCCCACUUAUUUCUGUUGCCCCCAACACCGAAAGAGGUGGAAGUCUGUCUGAGGGUGUCAGGGGUUGGUAUAUGCCUCAAUAUGAACUGAAGUGCUUGGAUGUGAAGCCUCUGAGUCUCCCCACACUCUGACAAACAGAAAAGUAUCUCUGAGCCAAAGUGCGGAAUCUCAUUCAAUCAUAUCUCUUAUUAUCAUUUUAGGCCUUAAAUAGAAUGCCUUCUCAGAAACCCCUUUUUGGAAACAAAAUAAUAUAUUUCCCAAAAAGUCAGUCUUUCUGACUUCCUUCUCUUGUCUUUGUUCACUUGGUUGAUCUGAUAAGCCACCAUGUACAGUAGUUGGUCUCAUUUCAAGUCGUGCCAGAAAGCUUGUUGUGGCUAAUUAGCUGGUGGGUCUUGCGAUUUCCUCUGUGUGCUACAACAGUCUUUGUUCAGCGUGGUCCUAUCAGGCCUGCCUGUCAUUGGCUCUCAUUGCCCAUAUGUGUGGCUCCACACUCACUGAAGGCUCUUAUCAGGAGAACCUCUGUUGUUUCUGUCUCACCACACAAUGGAUCAGUGGCGCUCCAACAGUCUCCGAUCAUAGACGGAGAAACUUAGAAAGGCAGGAAAGGCCAGACUAGAGUGGCUCUAGUAGUCUAGUCUAUACAUAGAGAGAGCAGAGUGGACACUAGUCUAGGAUAGCCCUACUGACUCCAGUCUCAGUGGUGGUUGGUAGAACUGGGCUGUGAUUUGGUAGAACUGGGCUGUGAUUUGAUUUGGUAGGGUGGGCUGUGAUUUGAUUUGGUAGGGUGGGCUGUGAUUUGAUUUGGUAGGGUGGGCUGUGAUUUGAUUUGGUAGGGUGGGCUGUGAUUUGGUAGGGUGGGUUGUGAUUUGGUAGGGUGGGCUGUGAUUUGGUAGGGUGGGCUGUGAUUUGGUAGGGUGGGUUGUGAUUUGGUAGGGUGGGCUGUGAUUUGGUAGGGUGGGUUGUGAUUUGGUAGGGUGGGCUGUGAUUUGGUAGGGUGGGCUGUGAUUUGGUAGGGUGGGCUGUGAUUUGGUAGGGUGGGCUGUGAUUUGGUAGGGUAGGCUGUGAUUUGGUAGGGUGGGCUGUGAUUUGGUAGGGUGGGUUGUGAUUUGGUAGGGUGGGCUGUGAUUUGGUAGGGUGGCUGUGAUUUGGUAGGGUGGGCUGUGAUUUGGUAGGGUGGGUUGUGAUUUGGUAGGGUGGGCUGUGAUUUGGUAGGGUGAGCUGUGAUUUGGUAGGGUGGGCUGUGAUUUGGUAGGGUGAGCUGUGAUUUGGUAGGGUGAGCUGUGAUUUGGUAGGGUGAGCUGUGAGACCAAAGUGGGGCUAGACCUCCUAAGAACAACCUUUUUGUAAAUACAACUCUUGCUACAGUAUCUAACUAUGCACUGUGCUAUCCCACUGGUAUAAUUUACAUGUAUUUAAUACUUUGAGAAAGGAAGUCAUGACAGGGAGAGAUCCCUGUGUUAGACCUAAUCUGCAUAGUUGAACACUGGUGACUCUGCAUGGUCCUGUUAGACUAGCCUAGUGCAGCUCUUCCAGGAAAACAGCUGCUAUGAGCCUUACUGCCUGUCUCUCUACCACUCGUGCUGCAGUAAUGGGCAGGUCAGGAAAAGGGUCUUGGGGGGAGGGGUUGUUAUUCUUGUUGUCCGAUAGCAUCUAUGUGGGUACCACUGGGCCCUACCAAGGUGGGGGGGGGGGGGGGGGGGGGGGGGGGGCGUUAUUGUGUUACCCAGGCAGGGAGUGAGAAGGUGGGGCAGCAAGGGGGAAGAGGAGGGAGGUAGAGAGGGCCUCAACCAGGGCCCGGCCUGGUGUCAGGGGUGCUUGGUGCUCCACGUCACCAUGGAGACGGGGCGGCAAGAUGGGCAAGCUUCGACAGCAUCAGUCAACUGUACCGCAGGAAGUGGGAGAAAUGACACCCAGGGCCCCAAAUGGCUGAUGGGAUGCCUUCCUAUCCCCCGCCUGCUCAUUAUUCACUCCCAGCCAAAAGACAAGCCACCCUUCCUCGCUUCCCCACCCCCCCUCUCCAAGCUGUGCAGGUGUUUUCUUUUCUAAUUCCUGAAUAUUUGCCUCUCUCUCUCUGUUGGAUGAAGAGUAGCAGGACCUGCUGUAAACGUAAUCCCACUAGUGUGCCAACUGAAUGGUAUGCGUUAACAACACUGAGCAGUCUGAGGUUUUCUAAGAAACCAAGAUUCCUGUACCCUCCCCUCUCUCUCAACGUGUCAUGUAAUAUUGAGUCUCUGACUGUGUUUUCCUAUACUUGACUAUAGGCAAGUAUAGGAAACCAAAACUCUCAACCUGGAGAAAGUUGGCGUCAAGCUCAACAAGGAGUCUAGGAAAAUAAUUGUGGCUGCUGACGAUCCACAUCUGUGCCGAACAUCUACGCUUUCGGUGAUACCGGUGAGGUAGGUGCUGAUCAUGUCCGUCAUCCUCACAGCGUACUCACCCAGCCUUAAAACACCAACAUGAACCUCUUCAGGAAUGUAUGGAAGACUGAAAUAAAACCUACAGUUGCCCAAAUAAGCCUACUAAAGUGACACUGUAGUUCACUCUUCAAUUACAAAUGAAUGCGCUAGAUAGGCACCAUAUAAUUUGUUGCUUGUCUUUUAAAUUCAUUUGAGAUUUAGUCAUAAAGCUGGAUCUACACAACAGAUGGCAUAUACAGUGCAUUCGGAAAGUAUUCAGACCCCUUGACUUUUUCCACAUUGUGUUAGGUUACAGCCUUAUUCUAAAAUUGAUUAAAUAAAAAUUGUUCCUCAUCAAUCAACACACAAUACCCUAUAAUGACGAAGUGAAAACAGUUUUAAAUUUUUUUGUGCAAAUGUAUUUAAAAAAAUAAAUGGAAAUGCCUUAUUUACAUAAGUAUUAAGACCCUUUGCUAUGAGACUCGAAAUUGAGCUCAGGUGCAUCCUGUUUCCAUUGAUCAUCCUUGAGAUGUUUCUACAACUUGAUUGCAGUCCACCUGUGGUCAAUUCAAUUGAUUAGACAUGAUAUGGAAAGGCACACACCUGUCUAUAUAAGGUCCCACAGUUGACAGUGCAUGUCAGAGCAAAAACCAUGAGGUCGAAGGAAUUGUCCGUAGAGCUACGAGACAAGAUUGUGCCGAGGCACAGAUCUGGGGAAGGGUACCAAAACAUUUCUGCAGCAUUGAAGGUUCCCAAGAACACAGUGGUCUCCAUCAUUCUUAAAUGGAAGAAAUUUGAAACCACCAAGACUCUUCCUAGAGCUGGCCUCCCGGCUAUAUUGAGCAAUCAGGGGAGAAGGGCCUUGGUCAGGGAGGUGACCAAGAACCCGAUGGUCACUCUGAGAGCUCUAGAAUUCCUCUGUGGAGAUGGGAGAACCUUCCAAAAGGACAACCAUCUCUGCAGCACUCCACCAAUCAGACCUUUAUUGUAGAGUGGCCAGACGGAAGCCACUCCUCAGUAAAAGGCACAUGACAGCCCGCUUGGAGUUUGCCAAAAGGCACCUAAAGGACUCUCAGACCAUGAGAAACAAGAUUCUCUGGUCUGAUGAAACCAAGAUUGAACUCUUUGGCCUGAAUGCCAAGCGUCACGUCUGGAGGAAACCUGGCACCAUCCCUACGUUGAAGCAUGGUGGUGGCAGCAUCAUGCUGUGGGGAUGUUUUUCAGCAGCAGGGACUGGGAGACUAGUCAGGAUCGAGGGAAAGAUGAAUGGAGCAAAGUACAGAGAGAUCCUUGAUGAAAACAUGCUCCAGAGCGCUCAGGACCUUAGACUGGGGCGAAGGUUCACCUUCCAACAGGACAACAACCCUAAGCACACAGCCAAGACAACGCAGGAGUGGGUUCGGGACAAGUGUCUGAAUGUCCUUGAGUGGCCCAGCCAGAGCCCGGACUUGAACCCGAUCGAACAUCUCUGGAGAGAAAUAGCUGUGCAGUGACGCUCCCCAUCCAACCUGACAGAGCUUGAGAGGAUCUGCAGAGAAGAAUGGGAGAAACUCCCCAAAUACAGGUGUGCCAAACUGUAGCGUCAUCCCCAAGAAGACUCAAGGCUGUAAUCGCUGCCAAAGGUGCUUCAACAAAGUACUGAGUAAAGGGUCUGAAUACUUAUGUAAAUGUGAUAUUUCUGUGUUUUAUUUUUUAUGCAUUUGCAAAAAUGUCAAAAAAAACUAUUUUUCCUUUGUCAUUAUGGGGUAUUGUAUGUAGAUUGAUGAGGGGGAAAAAAUAUUUAAUCCAUUUUAGAAUAAGGCUGUAACGUAACAAAAUGUGGAAAAAGUCAAGGGGCCUGAAUACUUUCCGAAUGCACUGUAGCUGGAUCUACACAACAAAUGGCAUAAAGCUGGAUCUACACAACAGAUGGCAUAAAGCUGGAUCUACACAACAGAUGGCAUAAAGCUGGAUCUACACAACAGAAAUCUGUGCAUCUGUAACUUUCUCACUCAUCAUUAUUCAUGAUUCAUUCAGGAUUAUCCAUAAUCAUGGUAGCAUCCACGUUAAUGUAGAACUGAUUAGAAACAUAGUCUUAUUUACAAUAAAAGUGACUCAACAAUGACACAAUACAUUUGGAGCUCACUGUAGCUAGAUCUACACAAGAGGUCUCCUCUCUAACUACUGUACUGUUGUAUCACAAUACUCUUUCUACUUGUUGUAUUAAAUGUCAGUCCUGUCUUUUUAUUUGGCCAGCUGUGGGCUUCCUAACUAAAACAGGCCUCUCCAGACAGUUUGAUUGGCACAGGCCUUUGAUGAGUCACUUUUAGCUCUGAUGCCUGUCAUCUUUUCACAUAGUGGGAGACUUUUAAAAGGGGGUGGAUUGAUAUUUAAUUCGAUAUGUCCAAACGGAUCACCUUUUUGUGUUGAGACAUUGAAGAGCACCUGGCACUGCCAAGAAACACAUUGCUAUGACGCAGACCGGGAUGUUGUGUAAACACAGGUACUCAAAUACCACCAGACACACGCACAAACACACACACACACACACACACACACACACACACCACACACACACACACACACACACACACACACACACUCACCUCCAGCGCCAGAGGAGCUGUCUUGGACAACAGGAUGUGCAACAGUGGUGGUAAUCAAACAGGUUGCUGAUGACUUAAGUAAUGCUUUCAGAGAGGAUUCACCCUGCAGCUCUGCAAUUUCCUGUAUUGUUAGACUAUUUGGGUGUUUUUCCAGAUUACAUUUAUCUAGCGUAAAUCGAGAGCCACAAUCUGCAAUCCAAAUAGCACCCUAUUCCCUAUAUAGUGCACUACUUUAGACCGGAGCCCUAUGGGAAUAAGGUGCCAUUUGGGACGCAUCCACAGUAUAUUAUAAUCCUCAUCAGUACAUUAUAGUACAGUCAGAAGCAGCAUGUUGUUGUGUUUAACAAUCAGUUAGGUGACGUGGGGAAAAUUGUUGAGAGAAUACAAAAGCUGUGAUUGUUUUUCAGUGUGCGAAGCAGUUUAGAAACCUUUAGUCAAUGCCAUUGUCAUGGUUGUGUGUUCAAGCCUGAGUACUCUUUUAUUCCGAAUGCAAUUCUGCAACUUAACAAAAUGUUAGACUAAUUGCACGUAGCACUAUGACACUGCACGUACCCUGCCUAUUUGCUUGUAAAUAUCCUUUGCUAUUUAUUUUUUACUUUUUACAUGUGAUAUGUUUUAUGACUGCUGCAAAAUGAAUUGACUCUGAGGACAUUCAAGUUUUCUGAAUCUGAGGCUGCAGGUUAGUCUACACAGUAACUCACAGGCACAACUGUCCCCUCUCUCUCUAAAUAGCCAAAGGUCCUGUGUUAGGGAGGUGUACUCUGUGACUGUCUGUCUGUGUGCCGUAGCCUGCAUACAUUUAAGCACAUACAGUAUGCAUGCAUGUACGCUAUUUGUCUGCUUCCCUCCCUCUCUCUCUCUGUCAGUCUGUCUGUCUGUGUUCUCCUGUCACUCAUUAGUGUUGUUCUGUGUUUCCAGGGUUGUCCUGAGUUGACCCCCACCGCCAUUAAGGCAGGGAAGCUCCUCGCUCGCAGGGCAGACCAAUGAGCUCAUGAACUACGACAAUGUGAGCAGACAUCCAACACACACACCAUAGACACACACACACACACACACACCAUAGACAUACACAUACAGUACACACCAUAGACACACACAUACAGUACACACACACACACACCAUAGACACACACAUACAGUACACACCAUAGACACACACACACCAUAGACACACACACAUGCAUUACACACCAUAGACCCACACCAUAGACACACACACAUACAGCACACACCAUAGACACACACACACCUUAGACACACACACACCAUAGAUAUACACACACACACAUACAGUACACACCAUAGACACGUACACACACCUUAGACACACACACAUAGAGUACACACCAUAGACACACACACACACACCAUAGACACAAACACACACACUAUAGAUACCCACACACACCAUAGACACACACACGUUUGUUUUACUAUCCUUGUGGGGACCAAACAAUUGAACAAAAAAUCCAAUUUUCCUUAACCCUAAACCCAAACCCUAAACCUAAAACUAACCCAUAAACCUAACCUCUAACUUUAAUUCGAACCCUAAUUGAAACCCUCACCCUAACCCCUAAGCCUAAAAUAGCAUUUUUCCUUGUGGGGACUGGCAAAAUGUCCCGAAUUGUCUGAAUGUUCCUUGUUUUAUUAUCCUUGUGAGGACUUCUGGUCCCCACAAGAAUAGUAAAACAAAAAACACAUACACACACAAUAGGCACACACACACACACACACACACACACAAUUUCCCCCCAUCUCUCCACAGCUUGUCUGUAUGAGGCCUUUGAAACCUUUGUUUUCAGUUUCUGUUUGAGUGUGUUAAAUCAGUGCCACUUCUGUGCAUUGUGUUUUUAAUGCCUAACAGUUGUUUUCUCUGGAUUAUACCGCCUGGUCUGACUCAUAUGGUUUUAAUGGUAGACACUGCACGUCUGCACCCUUUUUCAAAUGAUAAUUCCAAAACCAAUCGUAAUGACAGACAUAUUGCUUAAAUGCCCAUUGUUUGGGUUCUUAGUCUCGUCUCGUUCCUCUUUUCUGUGGUCUUUUGUAGCUUUGUUUUGUGACCACUUUAUUGUAGAUGUUGGAAGAUACAGUAGGCGACGUGACAAGCCUGUAUUAUGGCUCUGCCUAUCUAUCCUGCUGUAACAUCACUUUUCUGUUGUUGUCUGUCUGUCUGCCUGCCUGCCUGCCUGCCUGCCUGCCUGCCUGCCUGCCUGCCUGCCACCCACCCACCCCACUGGAGCACUGCUGUGUGGGGCUGUCUAUCCUGAUGGAACGUGAUGUAACAAGGCUUUGUGUGCUCUCUGAUCGAUUGUGUCCGUAGGUUGCCACCACAGUGUUCACCCCUCUGGAGUAUGGCUGUGUGGGCCUGUCAGAGGAGGAGACUGAGGGCAGACAUGGGAAGGACUCCAUCGAGGUACAGUACAGUAAACCUAAUCCUAAACCACUAACAUGGUAGUGUUUUUGGUUUUAAGAGGCUUUGAGAAAAUGGAGGUCUGUUGAGGAAACUUUCAGUUCUUACAGGAUUGUGAAUGCAGGUGUGCCUCUGUUUACUACUUUAUGCAUGUAUGUGUGUGUGCAGUGUGCCAGCUGCUAACACCUGCACCCAGAGAGCCCCGGCUCAUUGUAGAGUGAUGCGUAGCUCCUGUGUGUGAUUGACAGGUGAGCAGAGGGCCUGAUUGAGGUGUGUAUCAGGUGCUGACAGGCGCUGUGUGAUCUAAAGCACCGCAGCAGGAGAGGUGCACCAUGGGUCCUGACAGCUGCCUGUGUGCGUGGCCUGGACGACGACUUGUGUCGGCACGCUCACUGGCUCAAUAUAAAACACACACCAUGAAACCAGGAUCUGAAAUGUACCUUUUUAAAACAAGCAAAGUGUUGUGAAAGCAUAGUAUUGUAAUAUUAGGUUCUAGUGAACAAUCUGAGAUGUAGGGCCUACCUUUAACACUAGCAAGUAUUGUAAGAUACUUCUAUGGACACAUAAACACUGGUUUCACUUGGGCACUUCUAUUUUUGACAUAAUUAUGUUGUAACAUUAUUUAAUCAUAAGUGAUGGCUUAAUAACAUAAAUGAAUGAUACUAUACUGUGUAUUGUUGGUGGACUAAUGGACAUGUAUCCCUCUGUUGUUCUUUGUGUCCAGGUGUACCAUGCCUUCUACAAGCCUCUGGAGUUCACUGUGGCUGAGAGAGACACCAGCCAGUGUUACAUUAAGGUCAGAACGGCCCUAAGAGUAGGGUUGCAAAAUUGUAACGCUGGUUCUUUCCCUGCCUCAAGUGGUGUGUGAGCGGGGUGGAGACCAGAGGAUUCUGGGCCUGCACUUCUCCGGUCCAAACGCUGGAGAGGUCACCCAGGCCUUCGCUAUGGGCUUCCAGUAAGUCAACCACUCUGCUUGAUGGAGUUAGAUAGGCACUCAGAAUAGACAAUACAGACAUGGAUAGCGUUCUGUUGUGGCUAGUUUUUAAGAAACUGCUAAACUGCUUUUUAAAAACAUUUUGGGUCUAAUGUAAAAUACUUAUACUAACAGAUGUUGCAUCUGUAGAUUAAUAAUUCAUUUAGUAAUUAAUCUACACAAAAUGAAUGGACAUUAGAUGUCAUGUAAAUUGUGACAAGGUGGGCCUUUAUCAGUACAGCAGCAGUGGGAUACUAGUAAGAUAAAUUUAAAGAUGGGAGAAUGUGUGUUGCUGUAAGGACAGCUUUAUGAAUGAGGUGUCUGUGUUUCUCUGUGUGUCUCUCUCCAGGUGUUGGGCCACCCUCACUCACCUGAUGGAGACCGUAGGGAUCCACCCUACCUGUGCCGAGGAGCUAACCAAAAUGAAUGUCAGCAAGCGCUCAGGGCUGGACGCCACGGUUACCGGCUGC